UUUCGCUCCUUUCUAUAUGGCGGCCAAGUGUUGGCGCAUCUUCCUGGUGAGCGCCAACCCUAGGUAGAGGAAUGGCGCAUGGUCCUUACGCCAAGAGGCGUGUCGCCGGAAGAUCUCCGUCGCUGGGGGGCGGGUAUGCCGCGCGAUCGUCCCGCGGGCUGGCUGUGCGCGGCAAGGAAGGGGAUCGCAAGGCAAUUCGCAACCAGAUUCGCUCCAUCGAGCGCCUGCUCAAGAAGACUCUCCCUCUCGAGAUCAAGACCGCGCAUGAGAAGCGGCUGGAAGAUCUCAGGCGGCAGGCGGAGCUCCACGCGCAUCGGAAAUUGGCUCUGCGGGAUAGAAAGCUAAAGUUCUUUGAACGUAGGAAGCUUGAGAGAAGAAUUCGACGUCUGGAGAAGCAGCAUCGCUGGAACUUGGAUCAUCAUCCACACCAGGCAAAUGCCUCAAGACAAAUAGCCGGCAUCGCGGAUCAACUUGCAAGGCUGAAAGAAGACCUUGAAUACGUGCGGUUUUUUCCAAAGUCUGAAAGGUAUGUAUCACUGUUUAUCGGGAGUGACGACGAGCUCACGAGAUCCCGGAGGCUGGAAAUCCGUGAGAAGAUUAAAUCCCGACGAAGUGCUGCCGCGGCUGCGGGAACUGAGCUCGAAGAGACGGGGAGCGAAGACGAGGAGCCCAUGGACUUGAGCGAGGAUGAUAUAUUUAUCGAAGGAAGCUCCAGUGACGAUGCCGAUGCCGAUGAUGAGUGGACAGACAGAAGUCCGAGGCCAGGAGAUGACAGGGAUGAUACCUCAAGAGACACAGAUGUUGCUCCACAGCAUAGGGAGAGACGAGAGUCAGCCGCAAGGGUGCUCAUGCCGCCGCCUCGAGCCAUGAACACGAACAGCAUGGUCGUAAGGAACGUUUCGGUCGCCAGGAACAACUGCAACGCAAGCUAUUCUUCUAGCACCAGUGAAGAUGCGAUGCUGAGCUGCAAUUCUUCGUCGGGCAUCAGCUCUGAGGUGAUCAAGGUCACUGAUCGCGAGCCAUUUGUCGAAUUCGUGAGUGCGGGCGAGAGCUCGUCAUCCUUCUCUGAUCACUCCAAUGACAGCUAUAACGACACAUUUGAUGAGCGAAGGAAGAAGAAACUAAAGCUUCCCCUAUGAAAUUUGUUUUAUUAGGCGCGAUACACUAUAUGAAGCUAAUUCUUGUAAUAGUGAUUUUCAAUUUAGUAAAUUUAUAAUAUUAUUUCU